UGCUGCUACCUGCCUCCUCCUCUUCAUCCCAACCAUGAUAAUAAACGAUAACAAAAUUAAAAGAAAAAAAAAAGAAUUUAGCAAAAGUCAAAUUUCUUUGAUUUCCUCAAAUGCUACAACAACAAGAAGAAUUCUUCUCUAUCAAAUUGCUAACGAUAGAGAGUAAGCGAAUCCUAAUUUUCUGAAGCCCUUUUGCGUUUUUUUUAGAGAAAUCGAGAUCGAUCGGAUCGGAGAUUUUGAAACUGAAUUUAGAAAAUAUAAUUUAAAAGGGAAAGGACGGAUUUGGGAUAAAAAAGAAAAGAAAAGGCCGUGAGAGCAGGCAAUUUGGCUGAAACAUGUCUGCCAUAGUUUCAGGGAAGAGAUCUUUCUUUGAGGAAUUGAGUGCGCCACCUCCCGUUGCUAAGAGAAUCCGUUGUUCUUCUCGUUUUGCUUCUUCUUCUUCCUUCUCCCCUUCUUCGCCGCCUCCUUUGUUUUUGACCGAUCAAUUGAUUGCUAUUUUCCCUGAAAUGGAUAAACAGGUUCUCGAGAGAGUACUUGAAGAAUGCGGAGACGAUUUGGAUUCAGCUAUUAGACGUUUGAAUGAACUUCGUUUAGGAUCUGCUGAUAGAAAUGCAGCAAUUGCCGCUGACGAUAAAACUGGUGUGGAAUUAAAAGAACUUCAAGCUCAAGGUGUAGCAGCCAAUGGAGAUGUGGCUAAGGAACCGACAGCUCCCGAAGCUAUGGAUGGUUCAGAUUGGGUGGAGCUUUUUGUUAGGGAAAUGUUAAAUGCUUCUAACAUUGAUGAUGCCAGAGCACGUGCUUCAAGAGCACUGGAGGUUUUGGAGAAAUCCAUUUGUGCACGAGCUGGAGCAAAGGUGGCCCAAAAUUUCCACCAGGAAAAUAAGAUGCUAAAAGAACAACUGGAAGCACUCAUUCAGGAAAAUACUAUUCUGAAACGAGCUGUUGCCGUUCAGCAUGAGCGUCAGAAGGAGUACGAAAAUCAGAGUCAGGAGUUGCAGCAUCUGAAGCAACUAGCAUCUCAGUAUCAAGAGCAGUUGAGAACCCUUGAGGUAAACAACUAUGCAUUGACAAUGCACUUGAAGCAAGCUCAGCAAAGUAGCUCUAUCCCGGGCCGUUUCAACCCCGAUGUUUUCUAGAAGUUCUUGGAUAUGGUUUUUGCAGAUGAUUUGUGUGCAACUCAGUCCUCGAAUCCUGGCAAAAGCUUUGCUAACAAUAUUAAGCUGCCAAUAGCUAUUAUCUUAAUGUGCAUCAACAGGUAUGCUGCCACCGGGUGAUGUAUAUUUUCUUUCUCAUUUUACAAACAAAUAGGCUCCAGUCAAAAGAUCAAGCCUUUAUUAUUUUAACGAAAGACAUGCAUGGUAGUUUGUCUUUCCGAUUAUUUACUUGAACUGGAAAUUUGAUAGUAAAAAUAAUGUUGGUAGGCUCCAUAUAACCUAUAGAGCAAAUGGAAAUACUUAGAAGUCUACAUUUUCUUUCUA